AUGGAUAAGUACAAGCAAAUUCUGGCGAAACUAAAGUGGCACAAAAAUCGGAGCUGCGAAAAGUACCAGUUUGGGAUGUUCGAAAUUGACAAACGGGAGGUGUUCAUAACCACAGAGCACUCGUAUGGAUUUGUUAACAACAAACCACUUCUACCUGGCCACAUACUACUAACGACAAUAAAAAGGAAAGAAAAAUAUAACGACCUCGAUAUAGAUGAAGUUAUAGACAUUAAUUUGUUAUCAAAUUUUAUGUGCCAUGUCAUGGGUGCCCUACACAACACAACAAACUUCUCUAUAGCCAUACAGGAUGGGAAGGAUGCGGGGCAAACGGUAGAACAGGUCCACAUUCAUAUAAUUCCUAGAAAAAGUUCCGACUACAAGAAUAAUGAUAACAUAUAUAAAGACAUGACCAAAUUAAAUUGGGGAUAUGGACGAGAUGUUGUGUGUUCCUCUUGCAAGAAUUUGGUGAAGGUUCCGUUGAAGGGUCCAGUUGAGGAGAACUUCAAGUUGGAAGAAUUCAAUACCACCAUGAGAUCCAUCGACGAAAUGGAAGUAGAAGCAAAUACGAUAAAGUCCUACAUCGAGGUUAAUUUUGCGUCACCCUGA